AUGUCUGCGCCCUAUCGACUUUUCAGUGGAAGACUGAACGUCACAAUUAUUUCAAUAUUUGCUGCCUCUGCUUCAAUAUGUGCAGCAUAUAAGUUGUUUGAAUUUUAUAAUAAGCUAAAAGUAGCUGAUUCAAAGCAAGCUACGAAAGACAGUUCGGGUGUAACAAAUGAAAAUGGUAGUAUACCAAAAGAUGAAAACGAUUCUAAAAAACCGAACACUAACGAAGCAGCUGAAGAAAUUACAAUACCAGUACAAGGUGUCCUGAGCAAGGAACAGAUUUCAGGUCUCAUAAAGCUUCUGCAAACCAACGUUGAUGAUAAUGUUCUUCAGAAAAUUCUGACAACAAUCGCAAAUGCUUCAGCAUUCCAGCAGAAUCAGGAUUUGCUCCGGGAGAUGAACGGAAUUGAGCCGAUUGUAAAUAUGCUGAGGUCUUCCACGCCAUCAUUGAAGACCUCAUCUGCAAUUGCUGUUGCAAAUCUUUCCCUCAACCCUGAGAAUAAUGUUAUUUUGCAGGAGUGUAUUCCAGACUUGUGUAGUGUAAUCCUAAUGAAGGACGUAGAAGUUGCCCAAAUAUUGGCUGCCCUUCAAGCUCUGACGAACCUGUCCCUUAUCACUCCCUGCAGUUCCUUCUUCCAUCAGUCUAUCCAAUGUUUAUUUGACCUGUUGAGUGUGGACGACCUGACCAAUAAUGUUAAACUACAGACUUUGAAGGUACUGGUCAAUCUGUCUUGUGAUGAGGCUAUGAUAGAGUCAUUGUUAAAAGCUGAGCCACCAGCUGCUUUACUUAAUUACCUUCAGCCCCCUGUUGAGGAUGACCAUGCAUUACGUGUCCUGACCUUGUUUGCUAAUGUAACCAAAGACUCGCAGGUGAAGGAAAGAGUUGAGGAAUGGAAACAAUCCAGGAAACUUAAGAAGCCAUCUGAACAGGACAACAGUUCAUCAACAGAAGAUGUCAGAAAUGAUCCGGACCAUGUGCCCAGUUAUUCAAAGCAUCUGUCAAUGAUACAAGAAGAGGAAGAAGAAGUUGAUAUCACCGAAAACAACUCAACCGUCCGCCCGGCCACCUCUGUACAGAGUAUCGAUCUCAUCCCAGAUAACACACUGUACGACAUGGUUCACGGUAACUCGUCGCUUAGUCUGAGGUGUUAUGUUAUGAUGCUGAAAUUAUAUGACCACGACGAGAUUCAAGUACAAGCUAACCGACUGUGGAACUACUUAUAUUAAGAGAAUCGCAGUCUUUUUCUUUGCUCUGACCAACAUUUUUCAAAAUAGUAUUGCCAAAAUCAGUCUGAUAAUGAUUUAAAAUUUUGUACAGAUAUUAAAAUACUGUUCCUUAUAAAUCUUGUAAAUAUAAUUCAAAGGAAUAAAAGAGAUCUACUGUAUAUCUAUAUAAAUUUGAAAGAUCACAUGUUUUGUGUAUUUGCCAUGUCUUUAUUUUAUUUUAUUGCUAUAACAUGGGGAGAUAAUAUACGUAUAAUAUACGCUGGCUAAUAUUUGCCUUGAUUGUGAUAUUGUGUGUGUUGAAAGGUAUGAAGCCAACUUUAAUACAAUAGUAAUAUUGUUUGGUACCAUUAUUCAUUUUAAUAUUUUUAUUGUUAUUAAUAUUAUUAUUAUUAUUAUUAUUCAUAUCAUUAUUAUCAUUAUUGUUAAUAUUAUGGUGACUAUUAUUUUUUUCUUCCAAAAGUACAGUAUUAUAAGAUGAGAUCAUGCCCCCAAUUAUUUUUUUGCAUGUUGUAAAAAAAUUUGUGGACCCAGUGUUGAAUGAAUGUUGAAGCAGUAUGCUUAGUUUUGGUGUGCUUUCAUUCAGAACACCUUGAUCAUACAAUUGAUUAUGAUGCAUCUUCUAACCAUAUUUCUGUUCAGUUCUAGCCUGCUCAUAUGGACAUGUUUUUAAAAGGUAAAGGUGGUUUUUAAAAGAUCAGUGUGUGAGGGAACAAUAAAUAGAUGGGACUGCAUAUUUUGAAUUGUACAUACUUAUGUAAGAAAAUUGGUAUUUUGGCUGUCAAAACAGUUGAUCUUUCCCCCUUUGAAUCAAUUUCACAUGAAAUGUGUCUCUUAAGAUAGUUUUCAAAGCUGUCUGUAAAUAUAUUUGUGAGCAAACUACUCAGACACUACUUGACGCCCUGUAUUGACGAAUAACCUUGAUAGCAUGUUGUGUCUCGUAGCAACUCAGCAGCUAAACUUUCCACCUCAUCAACCCAUUUUGCAAGCACUUAUUCUUUGAUAUUCGAUACAGAAUCAAUUAUACAUAAUGACGAGACUGUAGGUACACUUUUUCAACAUCUAUUAGUAAUUUCUCAUGCUCGUAACAUAUCUUUUAGUUGUACUUAAUACACAGCAUGAGCGUUUUCUUUGAACAAAUACUGAUGUUCUAUAAAUAUGCCACAAUUUUAUUAUUACUUUUUUAUCUCCGACAAUGUAGACUAGUUGUCUUUUAUGAUGACGUCGUCUGUGAAUUCUGUGCCGGCCAAAAAUUGCAUGUGGCUAGUCUAGUAGUCAGUUUUUGUUGAUUAACAUAAGUUUUACUUUAAAAAAACCCUUAAAUUGAUUGUCAGCCAAUUCAAGGGUCUAUGCAAAAGAACAUAGGUGAAAGUUAAAAUGUAUGUUAGAUUUUGUUUUUCUAAUUUUCAAGUGAAACCAAUAAUUUAUUUUGGAAAAUGAAAUUAGUACUGUUACAAGUGGCUUCGUUGAGUAAAGGCCAACUCAGACAGCGUCGUACGACGCAGCCCGACGCGAUCUGUUGUCGCGUCGGGUCUGUGUGAGUUAAACGCAGGCGCGAUGGUGUGCGUCGGGGGCAGUCGCGUAGUAGAAUAUUAAACAUGCUUAAUAUUUCUCACGACGGCUUACAACUGUCCCCGACGAUAAAUUGGGUCGGGCUGCGUCGGCCAACGCUGUCUGAGUUGGCUUUAAGUAUAAUUAACUUUGAAAGGAAACUUUUAUAAUUAUAUGCAAGCAUAAACCUGCCUACAUGCUGCUAUACAGUUUUAGUACAUAAAAAGAGUCUGUACUUUUGUAUUAUUUCUAGCUUAGUUUUCUUUUUUGUUUUUUUGUACUGAAGUUCUAGUACUUAAUUUUAACUUUCUCUUUGAUCGGUAAAUAUUUCUCAUUAUUACGGGAAUAUAAUUCUACAGUAACUUAAAUCUGGCAUUGGUAUGAUAAAAUUAGAAGAAACAGAGAGUAGGUUUUAAUUUUUACCCAUUAUUUAUCCAGCCAAACUACUCUAUUUAAUGUAUAUUUGUUAUAAAUUCAUUACUACAUAACUGAUUACAGUACCGAAAGGUCCACUGAUUAAUCUCAGAUAAGAAAGUAUAAUACAUACUCCAAGUAUUGAAAUACACGCCAUCGUGUUGGGAUUCAAUAUUUCGACAUUAAUUAUGUCAUCUCUGAUUACAGUACAGUAUGUACAAUUUCUUUUUAAAAAAUUCUGAAAAUUGAAAGCAUCUUGCUUUAAACAUUUUCAGAUUUAAGUCUUCAUACAUCAAAUUACAAGAAUUAUUUAUAUAAAUAUAUUACAGUGAUGGCAUCUUGUAUUCUCAAUAGACCUUUCCACUAAGCUCCGCCCCUUGGAUUUUGUUGCUAAGGUCCCACAAGAUGGCAGUGUUAAAACAUACGCGAACACGUGCGCUUGUGGGGCAACAUGUGUGUUUGUGAGACGCGCGCGUAUUUCUAGCUCUGUUCUGAUUAGUCAGUUGUUAAGUUUGAUUGACACUCCGGAAAGGUCUAUUGGUUCAAGGAUAGGAUCAGAAUACUGUAUAGUGGUUUUAAAAAUUCAUUAAUUAUAUUCUGUGGUCUCCCAUGUGCAAUAUUGUUACGCUUUAAAAAAUAAAAUGUUGCUGUUUAUUCUGCUGAGAUGUUAAAACAAUAAAAGCAUGAACGAAAAACUU